UGCGCAGGCGCGGUCUCUGGCUGCCUCAGCGAGGUCUCCAGUGCCGGCGGGGGCGUGGCCGCAGGGCUGCGUCCGAGAGACCGUGCGCGUUCCGAGGUCGCGGGCUCGUGCUGAGGCCCGGCGUGUCGGGCGUGGUGGCAGGACCCACCGGGGCGCGGCGUGGCCUGGAGAACCAGAGACCCUCUUCCCGGGCACCGAGCCGAGGGCCGGGCCGCGGCGACCCGCGCCCUGCUCGUUUUUCUAGGGCUCUUGUUACUUGUGACCACAAUAAAAAACAAUGAAAGACAAUGACGAUCUGGUAACUGGCACCCUUCCCAGGCUCAAGAGCGCAAGAGCAUGGUUGGAGCCACCGUCACUUUCUUUUAUAGAGGCCUUAGCUAAAGAAGAUAUAGAUGCAGCUAUUCAAUUAAUACUACAUAGAGAAGACCAUGUAAUUAAGGACCUAGAUAGCCACUUAGAACGUCAUGACUUCAUGACUAAAAGAAGAAAGGAAAUGUUACACAAAAGAUGGGCUCACCUUGUGGCAGACCCUCUCCGCAAGGGAAUUGUAGAAAAAGUCUGUUCCUGUAAGAAGAUUAUGAAAAGAAGACAAGAGGAAUCAGAUGGAUUUUUAAAAUACGUAAAUAAAAAGGGAAAUAUUUUUAUAGAGCAUUAUGAUCCCAAAGAAUAUGAUCCUUUUUAUAGGAGGAAAGAAGACCCCAAUUUCUUGAAGGUUAAAGGUGAAAGUGAAUUUCAACGAAAGUAGUUUUGACUGGAAGCCUCUGCCUAGAGCUCCUUGUCUUCUGGAAUCCCAGGGAGCAGAAGAAGCAGUGAUUUGCCAGUAAGCCGGUUACUCCAGUUCGCUGCCCUACCAUCUAAGAUGCUUGGCUGUGCUGCCAUCCUCCGCCAUCCUCUCCAACUGCUAGAGUCAGUGCCAAGGCCUCACCAGGCUCCUGGGACCGUUGCCAGGCAGCUCCCACCAUCGAGUGUGGGCGAAGUGACAGCUUUCCUCAGGCUCUUCUGGUUUUAAGGAAGAAAUAGCACAGAAAUGACAAGCAUAGACAUGCAAAAAAAGUGGUUGACAGCAUGUACGAAAGUUACAGUUUAGCUGAUUUUGUACUGAUUUUUAGAGUAUUGUAAGUGAAGUUUGGGACAAGUCUUUGUGGUAGUAACUGUUAUAGUGUCGUGUCUAGAGUGAAAAGGUGUGAUGAGCACAGAUGGUACAUACUCCUAGCAUGUAACAUGGAACGUUACCUCAGUUAGUAUUAGAAUUAAAAGUAAGCGAUUUCUCUGUAUAAUUGAUCACUUCUGCCAGCCUUAGCUAUCUCUAACUUAGCUAUCUCUAACACGACAUCCACCCAACUGGACACUUCCCCAAGCAACAAUUUGUCUUUCCAAAAGUAACUUCUGUGUUGUUGUUCUAGUCCCUCUCCUGCUCCCUUUUUGCAUGUGCAUCGAGCCCUCUCCAAUCCCAGGGGCCCACAAAUUACUCCACCCCAGCCCCCAGGAAACCUUUCUGUCUCCUGUUUCACACAGGCAGAUGCUCCUUCGUAUCAGCUGUUGAGAUGUCAUUUUUCCUACCUCCCAAACUCUUCCCCCAGCCAGACUUGAUAAAAGUAAUUCUACUCCUUUGUUCUCACUUGAGGGUGCUUGCUGCCAAAAUCUUAUCAGUAAUUAUGUAAUCUGUCGUGAUCUGAUUAAAAGUAAUAAGAUUCCUCAGACAUUGCUGGAGGGAGUGUAAGAAAUUCAGGCAUUUUGGAACAGAGCUUGGCAGUUUCUCAAAAAAGUUAAAUUAUCAUUUGACCCACUAAUUCACCUACUAGGUUGUUAUUUAGGAGAAAUGAAAAUGUUUGAGUUAAUAUGGUAAUGUUCAUAACAGCAGUAUUCACAACAGCCCCAAAGUAGAAACAGCUCAGUUGCUCAUAAAAUGUAGUGUAUCCAUACAUGAAAUAUUAUUACUUGGCAAUUAAAAGUAAAGAAGUAC